CGUAUAGGGGGACCAAUUGCUAGAGAGUGGGCGUGUCCAAUAAACCUUCCAUAGUUUAAGUGAGGGCGGAAGAUGGCGGAGGCCGGGACAGGUCCAGGGGUCCCGGACGGGGGACUCGAUGGGUCAAAUCGCGACCGGAGCGCUUUCGAAUGCAACAUCUGUCUGGAGCCUGCGAGAGAAGCAGUCAUUGGCCUCUGCGGCCACUUGUAUUGCUGGCCUUGCCUUCACCAGUGGCUAGAAACACGACCAGAGCGUCAGGAAUGUCCAGUGUGCAAGGCAGGAAUCAGCCGCGACAAAGUCAUCCCUCUCUAUGGGCGUGGCAGCUCUGCCCAGGAGGAUCCCAGGUUGAAGACGCCCCCCCGGCCACGGGGGCAGCGCCCGGAGCCUGAGUCCCGAGGGGGCUUGGGUGGCUUUCCUGAAGCAGCCACCGGCUUUCAUAUGGCGUUUGGCAUUGGCGCAUUCCCCUUUGGGUUUUUUGCCACCGGCUACAGUCCCCCAGGAGAGAGAGCAGAUGCUGCCAGGCCAUCGAGCUGGCAAGAUUCUCUGUUUCUCUUCAUUGCCAUCUUCUUUUUCUUCUGGCUGCUCAGCAUCUGACUGACUGGGCCCCACCGGACUUGCCCUGUACUAAAGACUUCUGAACUGGACAUAAGGGCUUCGAUGUUGGUGGGGAGGGGGGAGCUAGGGUGGUGAAGUGGGCGGGGGGCACUGUUUCCUGGCUGCAUGGACUGGGCAGGAGGGGUUAAGUUGUGGGGUAGGAGUUUAGUUCAGGCAGGGCAAGGGUCCCUCACCCCCCCUUACACAGAAUUAAAGCAUAAUGAGGCUGCUUUGUGGGUGAUUAUGCAGAAAGGGGGUGUGUGUCCUCAAACAAUGCAACAAGGGAUGUGUCAAUUAUCAUAGGACUCGAUUACUUCCUUCAUUGGUGUGGGGCAGGCUGGAUCUUAUCAAUCUGCCCCAUCAAGAGGAGGGCAGCUGUUGGUCAGAGAUCCUAAUCUGGCUUUUCAGAGGCUGCCUAAUGGCCCACCCAGCAAAGUUAUGCUCCUCUAAUUGUGCACCUGUGGUGUGGAAUGGCUUCCUCACUUCCAGGUUGUUCAUAAGUUAUACUGCAGAAGGGGGCUGGCCUCUCCCCUGUCUGCUCCCCGCCAGUCUUCCUUUCUCUGGUUGUUGAUGCGUGGUCCCAAUAAUUUAGCACGUGCAUGGCAAGUACUGCCAUACAAAACACUGAUGCAGGCCUGUCCUCAACAGUCGAACAAAACAUUGCACAGGGGGAGAGAGAGCCAUGGGAGACGGGGGACUCCUUUCCCUUCCUGCAGAGACCGGCAGGAGGGGAAAGGAGCCCCCCCACCCCACCCCACCAAGUAUUGUUGGAGGGGAGCAUGAGUAAGAUACACAUGCAGGGGAAAUGCCAAAGUGGGAGGCGUCCAGUGAUGGAAGGGAAAAGGGAGUGGAGGGACUUGGCCUCCCACCCUAACAUCAGCAUCCCAUGUAGUGCUGUCGUCAUUCCAGUUGCCAGAUCCUGGAACAGGAAUGGUGGGUUGGCUGAUGGAGAGAGAAGCCAUUCAUGUGUCUUGAUACAAGGCUGUUUUUGUGUUUGGAGUGGAGGGCAAGUCCCUUCCUCCCUGCUUCAGGGUGGGUAUGAGGGAGCAAAGGGGAACAGGUGUUACAGUUUGGGUCAUGGCUGGUGGAGGGAUAUCCUUGUCUUGAAUAACAGUAUUUCAUGGCCCAGAAAUCUCUGUGAAUAUGCUUAUUUCUCCCUCUUCUUGAGUAACAAAGAGGAGACUUGGUGUAAAUUAACCAGUGCUGUAAUUAAAUUAACCUGUGAUUCGUA